UCAAGAAAGGGAAAGCUGCCGGCUCUAAGCAGCUGCUCCAAUGUUUUCCUUCUUUGCGACGGGCCCAAGUGGCAGUGGGGCCCGCUGGACGCGUUUGUAACUGAGCAGCGUUGAGAGGUAAUUGCCAACUGCCGCAAGAGGCCGGGGGGCAGCUACGGGAUCCCCUACAUGCCAGCUGAGGUGAUUCUAGCCUGGCGCUAGCUGGAGAUGGACGGUCAAACAGGUGGAGCUGUGAUCACCCUCGACCAGAAGGAUCCGGAGAAGCAGGACGUGGCCGAGCAGCAGGAGGGAGCCGUAUCCAUCCAGGACAUGGAGCUGAAGGAGGAGUGGCAAGACGAGGAGUUCCCGGGGCCUCUCCCAGAGGAGGUCUCUGAGGAGGACCUUGAAGACUCCGGCGGGGAGCCCAGCCCAGUCGCACCCAACACCCUGGAGCUGUGUGGGAAGCGGCAUAUGAAGAAGCGGCUGCCGGCGCCGGAUCUCAGCCUGUCUUUGGACCGGGCCGAGGGCUCGGUGCUGUCGGGCGACUACCCGGACCGCACGCCGGACGGCAGCCUGGACAUCAAUGUGGACGAGCUGGAGACGCCGUCCGAGAGCGAGCUGCUGGAUGGGCCUGAGGGCGGCCAUGACUUCGACUGGGAAGAUGAACUGCCCAGGGCCCGGCGCCUGGACAGCAGUCUGCUCGAGGAGAAACUCAGUGAGGGGCGCAUGGUGGACGUUGAGGACAAGGACGGACGGAAGUGGAGGAUUUUCCUGACGGACGAGCAGGAGCAGAAAGUGGAUCUGAGCAUCGUCGAGCCCUACAAGAGGGUCAUCUCCCAUGGAGGGUACUACGGGGAAGGCCUCAACGCCAUCAUCCUCUUUGCCUCCUGCUACCUGCCCCACAGCAGCAUCCCUGACUAUCCGUACGUGAUGGAGCACCUGUUCAGGUACAUCAUCGGGACCCUGGAGGUGAUGGUGGCAGAAAGCUACAUACUGGUGUGUCUGAAUGGUGCCACUCUCCGCAGCCAGAUCCCGUCCUUCGGCUGGAUAAAGCAAUGCUACCGGACCAUCGACCGGCGGCUCCGGAAGAACCUGAAGGCCAUGAUUAUUGUCCAUCCCACCUGGUACGUCAAGGCGCUGAUGACCGUUAUCCGCCCCUUCCUCAGAAUGCACCAACCACUGGCAGAGCUGCCAACUCUCUCCAUGUUUGAUGUUUGUCUUAAAGCCCCUGCUCCCGGAGUUAGCUCCAAGUUUGGCAGGAAAGUGCAGUUCGUGGACAGCCUGUGGGAGCUGUCGCAACAGAUUCCUCUUGAGCAAGUGCACAUCCCCGACUGCAUCCGACAGCUGGAUCAGAGCUGGAACAGCUCCAGGGACACACAGCGGUGAUGCCAGCGGGAGGCUGCACAGCAGCAGACCCCAGCGCUAGUAGGGGCAGUCACGCUGCAUAGCUCUGUAACCGUGUUACUUCUUCCCACCAGUGUUCCUUUAAAGGAGAAACCGAAGCGACCGGGUUUGGGAAAGGCGCUUGCCGCCGGGGCUUUGUAAAUAGGUCCAGCUUAAAUGGAUGCAUUGGUUUAAACACUGGGGGGGGGCUUCUCAGAUUAGGUCGGCUUAAAUGGAGGACUUGGCUUACACAGGUUUUUAUGUGAGUGCUGUUACAGUUAGAAACGGAGCAUAUGCGUUCUUGGGCUCAGUCCAGGGGUUCUCUGGCCUGUGAGACAGGAGGUCAAACCACAUAAUCUAACCGUCCCUUUCGGUCUUGCAAUCCCUCGACUACACAGCAACUGGAUAGUUCCGCAGCCUGAGCCCGCUGACCCAGACCAGCUGCAGGGUUUUUAAUCGCAAUGUAGACGUACUCCUGUGGACCUAAAACCAGAGUGGCUGUCGGUCUCACUCGGACUGAUCCCAGUUGGCUUUAUGGAUGGAAACAAGUUUUUUCACCUGCACAGCUGCUACAGCUACAGGAGAGGGAGUCAUUUCGCCGUAGCGCAGCGCUGGCCAAGGAAGCAGGAGUUCCUGUGAGCCCCGAAGAGCUGAUCCAGCUCUUGAAGAAGGCGCUGGGUUCCGUUCUGCCUCCUGCAUCCUUGGCGGAACCAGCUCCAGCUGCAGCAUUUUGUUCCCAAGAGGCAGAUAAUGCCCAGGGCCUGGCAGCUGGAAAAGUGAUGCUCCGACCAGCUCCAGGUUAGCCUGGAAGGGAGAGGGGAGAACAGGGACCCGGUGGGGAAAGUAGUGCAGCAGCGUUAGCUUUGUUAAUUCCUGGCACCUUUCAAGGGAAGUGUCUCUGUUUGCAAAGGGCACCGAAGCAGCCAGGACCCAGGUGUCUGGAAAUACCAUGCCCAGGGUCAAAAGACUUCACUCUGCAUCCUGCCAGAGCUCCCCCUAGGCAGUGAUGGGACGCUGCAAGCUGGGGAGUGGGGCAAGGGCAAAUGUAUUUCACAAAGAGUGUUUUUCUCCCAAGUGUUUAUUGUCCGAAGUCUGACGCAGGAAACUAACCAGGUCUCCCAACACCCAGCCCCAUUAUAACCUUGCAUUUAGCUUUCCCAGACUACGCUUCCAUGCUGUUUGUCUCUCUCCGCUGCCCAGGCAUGCAUCAUUAGUCCUUGAUUAGUGUGAGAUCUCUCGGGUGUGUGUCCUCAGCCCCGCAUAUCAUUGCUCCCCACCCUGCAUGCACGGGGGCGAGGAAGCUGCCAGAAUUAAUCCUUUGUUACUCAGACAUUUUUAAGCAACAAAUGGCCCGCCACAUUACCAACAAACCCCCAGGCUGUUAAAGCUGCAGAAAGUUUUCAGAGCUAAGAGGGAGAUCUUCCAAGGCACAGCUGGCUAUGCGCUCCCCGGUGCCACUGACUUUCAGUGGGUGCCCAACAGCCCUGGGUGGCUUUGGCACGUCAUCCCCAAAGUCACUUUUCAACCCUUGGCUGUUCACUUUUGUUUUGCCUUUCACUUCGAUUGAUGGUGCUGUGUUUGGGUUCCCAGUACUGCAAGGGGGUCGAAUUUUCACAAGUACCUCAGGGACUUACAUGCAUUUUCAAGUCCAGAGCCUCGAAGGUGCUUAGGUGCCUAACUCCCACGCAUGUCACUGGGAGUUGGGCACCUAAAUAUGUCUCAGAUGCUGGGCCUUCGGAGCCUAGAUCUCACUGAAAGGCGAUGGGACUUGGGCACCUGUCACUUAAAUGCUUUUGAAAAUUUUACCGCAAGUCCCAUUUUCAAAAGUGACUUAGGCAAAAUUUUCAAAAGGGUCUAGUGAUUUUAGGGUCUGAUUUGAGGGGGCCUGACUUUCUGAGGGAGGGUGCUCAGCACUUUAUGAAAAGGAGGGACCUUUAAAGUAUCACAAGCUGUAGUUCCCCCUUCACCCCCCCCCGCCCCGCCCCAACAACGAGGCACCCAAAAUCGCCACUCACAUUUCAAAAUCCCAGCCUAAGUCUCAGGUAAAGUCCAUGAGAUUUAGGCUCCUAAGUGCCUUAGUCUCUUUUGAAAAUGGGAUUUGAGGGCCAGAUUUUUAACGGUACUUACGAGCCGAAAGGCGCACAGAGGUGCUAUGGGGAGGUCCAAAAGUGCCUAAUUCCCAUUGGUGUGGAGUUGAGACACCUAGGUGCUUCUGAAACUCCCACAAGGUUCCCUGUCUGCACCUUUAGACAGCUAAAUACUUUU